CGAUGGUCGAGCUGAGCAUGCUGUCAAAGUAUAAGUAUGGGCUUGUUGGCACACAGUAUCUGGAACAACAAGUCAGCAAGGCGAUCCAGUCCUACAACAUCAACCAAACAGAAUCUUCUCCAACGACAAAAGCUCUUCCAACAACAUAACCAUCAUGCUUCUCUCCUCCCCUCUCAGCGUCGCCAUUGCCGGCCUUGCAGUCCUCGCCAAAGCAGAUUUCCAAAUUUACAUGGUCGACAUCUUCAACAUCGAACAGGGCGUGACCGAACACACAUUCGUCCUCAACGGUGAACCAGACUGCAACGAUGUAGGAAAUGCCAUCCCAAUCAGCAUUACCGACGACGCUUCCAGUGGCGGAACUCGUUACAAGAUCGCCGAUACUGCAGUUCCUGUCGCGGACUACGAUAUCGAGGAGCUAGAGUUGAACAUCGGUGGUGACUGGGGACAUUACACUAUUUACAAGGAUCGUGGAUAUGUCAUGGAGGAGGCUGGCGGUGGUCCAAAUGGUGGAACCUGCACGAGAGAUUCGGGAGAUGAUUUUACUUGCACGACUAAUAUCCAGACGGCGACUGGUGUGAGAGUUUUCACUUGCAGUUCCGAGCUUGGAGGCCGUACUGGUUAGCUUGUGAUCAGAUUGAAUCGGCUGUGUCGUUGGUAAGACACAGGGGACGAACCAUCGCUCUGCGAAGUUGUCAUAUAGAUGGAAUGUAGCUGUUGGUAGCCAUGGAAGCUGCUUCGUUAUCAUCGUCGGUCCUUCUGCCUCUCCCUGCUGCACGUCACUGGUAAGUCAUGAUAGAGGAACAUCGUUGCUGGCUGAACCUGUAAAGGUCGCGAUCGAUCGCGGAUCAUACAGCCCGGUCCCGUUCACGCAUAUUUCGGGAACAUACCAUUACCUGCAGCUCCAGCCUUGAGGCACUCGGAAAUUCGUGUUCAGACCUCUUCACCCUCCUCUUGGCCGUAAAGUCGCUGCCACUCCCCUUCUAGCAUCGAGUAAGCGUAAUAAUCCCAAUAUCUC